CAAUAUGAAAAAUGGAGUGGAACAAUAGCUGUAAAUCAGUCAAUUUUGACUUUACGUACAAAUUUUUACCCACAGUAUAUGUGGCUGUAUUCACUCUUGGACUUCUUGGCAACUGUUUGGGGCUGAAAUCUGUGCAUGAUAACUGGAGAAAAAUGGGUAAUGUAAAUAUCUUUGUCCUCAACCUAUGCCUGGCAGACAUUUUACACCUGUUCACUUUGCCUUUUUUGGUGGCAUACUAUGCAAACCAGAGUAAAUGGAUAUUUGGAGAUGUCUUCUGCAAGACUGUACGAUUCUGUUUCUGUAUCAACCUAUACGGCAGUAUUGGCUUCCUCACGUGCAUCAGUGUUUACAGGUAUCUUGGCAUUGUCCACACUUUGAGGAUUAAAGGCAGAAUUACCAAAAGACACACAGUGAUGAUUGUUUUGCUGGUCUGGAUUUUAGUUUUUCUUCAGUGUCUGCCUGAUAUGAUCUUUGUAAAAACCUUUAGCAACAUAACAACAUGUUUUGACACAACUUCAGACCAUUUUAUUAAGGAAUAUCUGAAGUACAGCAUUGGAAGGACCAUUGUCGGAUUUGGGAUCCCUUUGCUAAUAAUGCUUUGCUGCUAUGGACAUGUGGCUUUCACUCUGAUGACAAAGAAAGACACUAAUGUCAUCUUAAAGUUGAGAUGUCUCAGGCUGGUUGUGAUCCUGACCUUGCUGUUCUCCAUUUGUUUCAUUCCCUAUCAUAUUUUUAGAAAUCUCAACCUGGUAACUCGGAUCUUCAAGUUGGAGGGCAUAUGUCAGAGAUGGUAUUCCACUAUAUACAUUGCAAACCAGGUUGGUAAUGGGUUGGCAUGCAUGAACAGUGCAAUCAACCCACUGGUUUACCUCUUUAACAGUGAUGAAUUGCUGAUGAAGUGUUUUAUAAAGUGUGGACGAGCCCGCCAAUCUGCUGCCGUAUCCCUUGCGGAGGAGUCACCCAUAUAAGAAUGUAAUAGGGGAAGAUGACAACACGGCCAGGAAAUCUGACCCAGUCUCAUUAAGGAUGAAUGGAGAUUCUUUAUAUCAUAUAUUUCCUUUUUUUUUUCUUGCUUUGAAGACAUUACCAUUCACCCUGACCUUUAACAGUGAAUGAAUGUAAUUCUUAUCUGAUUCAUGUUUGUUGUUCUUGUGGUUAUGGGUGGGUUCUCGGUUUGAGUUUGUACGUCUUGUGACAGGAAAUUUCUUUUUUAACGGCUUCAUUUUAUUCUGAGAAACAGUUUUUUUUUUUUUUUUUUUUAAGAUUGUGUUUUAGUUCAUAAAGUUAUUUUUACACAGUAAACUUGGUCAGGUAGCUUACAAAAAUGUGCUUCAUUUGGCAACAAUAAACUGAUUUUAUUUUAAGUUAAAAAAAAGUAUAUAAUAAGAUUGAAUCAACCUGACUACAACGAAAGCAAUAUUUAAGGGUAAAACUAGAUAAAUAUAGCUCCUUAAGGUAACAACUACAUUUAUCCACUUUUUACAGAGUAUGUGACAACCUGUAAUUAUAACUGAAUUGAAACUGUUGUAUAUUUGAGUUCUUUUAAAGAAGCAAUAAUUACAAUGUUUAGGAUUGUUUGACCACACUAAAAGACCAAUUUGAAAAUGACUGAAAUAAAUAUUAAUUGUCCAUUUUUUGGCUACCUAAACAUGCAACAAAUUCAGAAGAUUAUUUCAUAAUUGAGAGUUUGAAUUGGAAGUUGAUGUUCUCUUACAUUCAUGAACACAUAAAAUCAGUUUUAGAGUUAUGGCAUGCUCCAGUUCCUACAUAAAGAACUACAGUACCAUACCUUCUAAUUAAACAAACACACAGUCACCCAAUAGUGUUUGUGAUAGAAGACAUAGUGCAACUAAUAUCAGUGUCAAUACAUCACAUUGUGAUAUGACACAUACCAAGCAAUCUUAUAUGACAUCUCUAUGCUUCAUUACAUAAUUCAGCCAGAAGAUUACUUUAUCCAAAGUUUUGAUCAAACAGCAUGGUCAAGUUGGGGUAACCCGUGCACUUUCUAAUUUACCUCUUGACCCCUUCUGACCCCCUCAGUUUCAGACAAACUAGGCCCAGUACAGAAUUGCAUUGUAAAGGGAGAGUUCACCAAAAAAUGAAAAUUAAGGACUUGCACACAUAUAUAAACAAACACACAGAAAAAGGUGUUUAUCCACAUAGAAAAACAAUUAAAAAAAAAAAAAAAAAAUACAAUUUAAAUGAUACAUACAACAAAACAACAUUCUCUCUCUCCCCUAACCGUUGUUGAAACCCUCCAGGAAGGCCACAUAUCUGCCCCAUUUCUUCAUGUAUGUCUCCAUGUUACCCAGCAGUCUAUGUGUCAUUUCCUCGAAAGCUGCCACCUUUCCCAAGGGAGGCAGACCCAGCUGCCUUCCAACCUCUAAGAAUUAUUUGCCUCCCAAUCAUCACACUGGAUAGA